AUGCCCUCAGAAGAAAUCCAGGAGCUUAACGAGGAGGUUGCCACCACCACCUCCAUUCAUCAGAUUCGCGCAGAGUCCUCAAUCCUGGGCUCAAUCAACAAGCUGCUAGUUGCUAACCGUGGUGAAAUUCCCAUCAGAAUUUUCAGAACUGCUCACGAACUUUCUCUGCUCACAGUAGCCAUUUUUGCCCAUGAAGACCGACUUUCUAUGCACAGACUUAAGGCCGAUGAAGCAUAUGCCAUUGGUCCUAGAGGUAAAUACACACCAGUCCAGGCUUAUCUGCAAAUUGAUGAAAUCAUUUCAAUUGCAAAGAAGCAUGGCGUCAACAUGAUCCACCCGGGUUAUGGUUUCCUUUCUGAAAACUCUGAGUUUGCCAGAAAGGUCGAGGAAUCUGGUAUGAUUUGGAUUGGCCCCCCACACCAUGUCAUUGACUCUGUUGGUGACAAGGUCUCUGCUCGUAAUCUCGCUCUCAAAUGCAACGUCCCCGUUGUUCCAGGUACCGACGGUCCCAUUGAGGAUAUUAAGGAUGCUCAGGAUUUUGUCGAUAAGUAUGGCUACCCAGUCAUUAUUAAGGCUGCCUUUGGUGGUGGUGGCCGUGGUAUGCGUGUUGUCCGUGAAGGUGAUGACAUUGGCGAUGCCUUCCUCCGUGCCAGUUCUGAGGCCAAGACUGCCUUUGGCAACGGAACUGUCUUUAUCGAGCGCUUCCUCGACAAGCCCAAGCACAUUGAAGUCCAACUUCUUGCUGAUAACCACGGCAAUGUCAUUCAUCUUUAUGAGCGUGACUGCUCUGUCCAGCGUCGUCACCAAAAGGUUGUCGAAGUCGCCCCAGCCUUGACCCUUCCUGAGGAUGUCCGUAACGCCAUUUUGACUGAUGCGGUUACGCUCGCCAAGACUGCCAACUACAGAAACGCUGGUACUGCUGAGUUUUUGGUUGAUAAUCAAAACAGACACUACUUUAUCGAAAUCAACCCCCGUAUCCAGGUCGAACACACCAUUACUGAAGAAAUCACUGGCAUUGAUAUCGUUGCUGCCCAGAUUCAAAUUGCUGCUGGCGCUACUCUCGAGAAGCUUGGCCUUACCCAGAACAAGAUCACUUACCGUGGCUUUGCCAUUCAGUGCCGUAUCACCACCGAAGACCCAACCAAAAACUUCCAGCCCGAUACUGGUAAGAUUGAAGUUUACAGAUCUUCUGGUGGUAAUGGUGUCCGUUUGGACGGUGGUAACGGUUUUGCUGGUGCCAUCAUUUCCCCCCACUACGACUCCAUGUUGGUCAAGUGCACAUGCUCUGGCUCUACCUAUGAAAUUGCUCGCCGCAAAAUGCUUCGUGCUCUCAUUGAGUUUAGAAUCCGUGGUGUCAAGACAAACAUUCCCUUUUUGCUUGCUCUCUUGACCAACGAGACCUUCAUCAAGGGUGACUGCUGGACCACUUUCAUCGAUGACACUCCAAAGCUUUUUGAGAUGCUUACUUCUCAGAACCGUGCCCAGAAGCUUCUCGCCUUCCUUGCUGAGCUGACUGUUAAUGGUUCCCAAGUUGCUGGCCAAAUUGGUCUGCCCAAGCUUACCUCGGAACCCGCCAUCCCCACCAUUUACGAGUCUCCUGAUGGCCCUGCUAUUGACGUUGACAAUGUCCUUCCUCCCAAGGGUUGGCGUGAUGUUUUGCUCGAGAAGGGCCCUGAAGGCUUUGCCAAGGCUGUUCGUGACUUUAAGGGUACUCUUAUCAUGGAUACUACUUGGCGUGAUGCUCACCAGUCUCUUCUCGCUACUCGUGUUAGAACCUACGACUUGCUUAAGAUUGCCCCUACUACUUCCCAUGCUCUUGCUGGUGCAUUUGCCCUUGAGUGCUGGGGUGGUGCUACUUUUGAUGUUGCCAUGCGCUUCCUUCACGAAGACCCAUGGGCUCGUCUUCGCAAGCUCCGUGCCAUUGUCCCCAACAUUCCCUUCCAGAUGUUGCUCCGUGGUGCUAACGGUGUUGCUUACUCUUCUCUCCCUGACAAUGCCAUUGACCAGUUUGUCUUUGAGGCAAAAAAGAAUGGUGUCGACAUUUUCCGUGUCUUUGAUGCCUUGAACGAUCUUGAGCAACUCAAGGUUGGUGUCGACGCUGUCAAGAAGGCUGGUGGUGUUGUUGAAGCCACUGUCUGCUACUCUGGUGAUAUGCUCAACCCUAAGAAGAAGUACAACCUUGCCUACUACAUUGACUUUGUCGAUAAGAUUGUCGCUAUGGGCACACACAUUCUUGGUAUUAAGGAUAUGGCUGGUACCCUUAAGCCUGCUGCUGCUACCAAGCUUAUUGGCAGCAUUCGUGCCAAGUACCCUGACUUGCCUAUUCACGUCCACACCCACGACUCUGCUGGUACUGGUGUUGCCUCCAUGACAGCUGCUGCUCUUGCUGGCGCCGAUGCUGUUGACGCUGCUUCCAACUCCAUGUCUGGUAUGACUUCUCAGCCUUCCAUUUCAGCCAUUUUGGCUUCCCUUGAGGGCCGCACUGAGACCAACUUGGAUGCCAACAAGGUUAAGGACAUUGAUGCCUAUUGGGGCCAGAUGCGUCUUCUCUACUCCUGUUUUGAAGCUGACCUUAAGGGCCCUGACCCAGAGGUUUACAUUCACGAGAUUCCUGGUGGUCAAUUGACCAAUUUGAUUUUCCAGGCCCAGCAGGUUGGUCUUGGUGAGCAGUGGAAGGAGACCAAGAAGGCUUAUGAGGAGGCCAACCGUUUGUUGGGCGACAUUGUAAAGGUCACUCCUACCUCCAAGGUUGUGGGUGACUUUGCCCAGUUUAUGGUAUCCAACAAGCUCUCCUACGAUGACGUUUUGGCUAAGGCCUCUACUCUUGACGUUCCCGCGUCGGUUCUUGACUUUUUUGAGGGUCUUAUGGGCCAGCCCUAUGGUGGUUUCCCUGAGCCUCUCCGCACUGAGAUUCUCCGUGGCCAGCGCCCUAAGCUUACUGAGCGUCCUGGUAAGACUCUUAAGCCUCUUAACCUGGCUGGCAUUAGAGCCGAUCUGGAGAAGCGCUUUGGUGGUAGCAUCAAUGGCACUGACGUUGCCUCUUACACCAUGUACCCCAAGGUUUACGAGGAGUACCGCAAGUACACUGAGAAGUAUGGUGACUUGAGUGUUGUCCCCACACAAUACUUUUUGGCUCCUCCUGAGAUUGGCAAGGAGUUUGCAGUUGACAUUGAGAAGGGUAAGACUCUUAUUCUUAAGCUGCUUGCCAUUGGUGAGCUUUCCACCCAGACUGGUACCAGAGAGGUUUACUUUGAGCUUAAUGGUGAGAUGCGUAAGGUCACUGUUGAGGACAAGUUUGCCGCAAUUGAGACUGUUACUCGUCCCAAGGCUGAUGCCCACAACCCCAAUGAGGUUGGUGCUCCCAUGGCCGGUGUUGUUGUGGAGGUUCGCGUCAAGGAGGGUGCUGAGGUCAAGAAGGGUGAUCCUGUUGUUGUCCUCUCUGCCAUGAAGAUGGAGAUGGUUGUUAGCGCAAACUCUUCAGGUAAGAUUUCCGAAGUUCUUGUCAAGGAUGGUGAUUCCGUUGAUGGCUCUGACUUGCUUGUCAAGAUCAAGGCUUAA